AUGUCGUUUUUUAAUUUCCGUAAAAUAUUCAAAUUGGGAGUGGAUAAGAAGAAGAAACAAUACGAAAACGUCCGCAGGGAUGAAAAUCCAGAGGAAGUAUGGGAAAUAAUCGGUGAACUGGGAGAUGGAGCCUUUGGAAAAGUCUUUAAGGCCCAGAACAAGCUGAGCGGCAUCCUGGCGGCGGCCAAAGUCAUCGACACGAAGACGGAGGAGGAGCUGGAGGACUACAUGGUGGAGAUCGACAUCCUGGCCUCCUGCGACCACCCAAACAUCGUCAAGCUGCUCGACGCCUUCUACUACGAGAGCAAGCUGUGGAUCCUGAUCGAGUUCUGUGCCGGGGGGGCUGUGGAUGCUGUGAUGCUCGAGCUGGAGAGGCCCCUGACGGAGCCCCAGAUCCGGGCGGUGUGCCGGCAGACGCUGCAGGCGCUGGUCUACCUCCACGACAGCAAAAUCAUCCACCGAGACCUGAAGGCCGGAAACAUCCUGCUCUCUCUGGAGGGCCACGUCAAGCUGGCUGACUUUGGUGUUUCUGCCAAAAACACGAAAACUCUCCAGCGGAGGGACUCUUUCAUCGGAACUCCCUAUUGGAUGGCCCCGGAGGUGGUGAUGUGUGAGACCUCCAAAGACCGUCCGUACGACUACAAGGCGGACAUCUGGUCCCUGGGGGUGACCCUGAUAGAGCUGGCUCAGAUCGAGCCGCCCAACCACGAGAUGAACCCCAUGAGGGUGCUGCUGAAGAUCGCCAAGGCCGACCCCCCCUCGCUGAUGCAGCCCUCCCGCUGGUCCCCGGAGUUUAGCGACUUCCUGAAGAGGUGCCUGGACAAGAACGUGGACAACAGAUGGAGCGCCGCUCAGCUCCUGCAGCACUCGUUCGUGGCGACUGUGGGUGACAGCAGACCUCUGAGGGAGCUGAUAGCCGAGGCCAAGGCCGAGGUCACCGAGGAGAUAGAGGAGCACAAAGAGGAGGAAGAGGAAGAGGAAUCGGAGGCACAACUGGGUCACAAACGAGCCCCGUCUGACGUCAGUGUUGCCAGCUCUGAGGAUGAGAAGGCCCCCCCCCUCUCCCCCUCCACUUUGGAGUCGGUCCCUGAGAAGACUGAGCCGGCCCCGCCCGCUGCCAACCACCUGGAGGGCAGCUUCCUGGAGCUUUCUCCAGAGGCUCCAACCAGAGAUGAAGGAGCUGAGAAGAAACCCUUAGAGGAGGAAGCUCCCCCGAAUGAGGCCGAACCAGAGGCUCCGUCCAAAGAGAUGCAAACGCUGGAGAUAAACCUGGAGGAUGAGAAGGAGGUGGACACAGCCGAGGACCCAGAGGCCCCAGAGGAUCCAGAGGCCCCAGAGGCCCCCGAUUCUGCUCAGGAAGAGCAAAUGGCCGCCGUGGAAGAGCCAAACACUCCAGCAGAGGAUGAGGAAGAAGACCCGUACAAACACCUGAAAGUGACUCUGACUCUGCCAGAGCAAGACCAGGUCAUCCAGAGGGAGGAGAGCGGAGAGGAGCCGGGGGAGAAGCUCAGUCCGAACACAGAGGAGGAGGAGAAAACGGUGCCAGACAAGGCUAAAGACGACAAGGAGAAGGAUUCAGAUUCAGGAGGCGGCCCCGCUGCAGAUAACAGCAGCACAGACCUGAACCUGUCCAUCUCAAGCUUCCUGUCCAAGACAAAAGAGCCCGGAUCCGUUUCUGUGCAGGACUUGAAGCGUCAGAAGAAAACGCUGAAGAAGACCCGCAAGUUCAUGGUGGACGGGGUGGAGGUGAGCGUCACGACUUCGAAGAUCAUCACCGACAACGACACCAAGAACGAGGAGAUGCGGUUCCUGAGGAGGCAGGAGCUCAGGGAGCUGCGCCUCCUGCAGAAGGAGGAGCAGAGGGCCCAGCAGCAGCUCAGCAACAAGCUGCAGCAGCAGAAGGAGCAGAUCCUGCGCCGCUUCGAGCAGGAGACCACGAGCAAGAAGCGUCAGUACGACCAGGAGGUGGAGAACCUGGAGCGGCAGCAGAAGCAGAGCAUCGAGCGGCUGGAGCAGGAGCACACCACGCGGCUGAGGGACGAGGCCAAGCGCAUCAAGGCCGAGCAGGACCGCGAGCUGGCCAAGCUGCAGAACCUGCUCAAGAACCGCCGCAAGGAGGCCACGCCCACCUCUGAGGCCACGCUCCCUGGAGAGGCCACGCCCAUCCCCCUCUGA